AGAGAAGAGAGGGUACUUUGGUUGGAUAAUGAAUUAUGUUUUUUUUUUGUAUGGUUAUCUCAACUGAUUUCCCAUAUAUAAACGAGUCAAAGGAACUUAUCAGAAGGAAACGAAACCCUAAAUAAGACUCCGCCAAUGAUGCUGAAGCAAACUGCGAAAAAGACUUUUCUAGGGCUACGGAGUUCGACGGCGGGGCGCCGAUUCUACCACGAGAAUGUAAUAGAUCACUUUGAAAAUCCUAGGAAUGUUGGGUCCUUCAAGAGGGACGAUCCUGACGUAGGCACAGGAUUGGUUGGAUCUCCUGCCUGCGGGGACUUGAUGACCCUCCAGAUUAAGGUCGAUGAGUCCGGUCACAUCACUGAUUCUCGAUUCAAGACCUUUGGCUGCGGAGCCGCCAUCGCCGCUUCUUCCGUCGCUUCUGAAUGGAUCAAGGGCAAAACGGUAUCGGAAGUUAUGACCAUUAAGAACGCCUGCAUUGCAGUAUGCUUGCUGAGGACGCCAUCAAGUCCGCCGUCCAAAACUACAAGGAGAAGAAAGCAAUUGCCGAUGCCUAUGUGGCUUGAUUCUACGGAUGAUGAUCCAUGAUUUUUA